AUGAAUGCAUCUCUCUUGGAGUUGCUCCUGCUGGUGUGUUGCUGCUGCUCCCUGGUUUUGCCAAAGGCCAGCAGCGACCAAAUCAGCAACCUCAACAAGCUCAUCAAACGUAAGCAAUCCAAGAACCCUCCUCUUCCGGAUUCAUGGGCUGAAUUGGGCAGCAGCAGUUUGUUCGUCGGCACCGAGAGGGUGGAGGAGAAGGAGAAGGUGUUCUCAACUUCAUGGGGGGAGGUGUUCCUGCAGGAAUCCCAACGUGGGUUGAAGGAGAGCGAUAAGAUCGAUAGGCUGCCUGGACAGCCACUGGGUGUUGAUUUUGAUCAGUAUGCUGGCUAUGUUACUGUGGAUCCAAAGGCUGGAAGAGCACUCUUCUAUUAUUUUGUGGAGUCCCCCCAUAAUGCUUCUGCAAAGCCUCUCAUCUUAUGGCUCAAUGGAGGGCCAGGAUGCUCAUCUUUUGGGUACGGAGCCAUGCAAGAACUGGGACCAUUCAGAGUCAACAGCAACGGACGGACGCUCUUCCGCAAUGAAUAUGCAUGGAACAACGUUGCAAAUGUCAUCUUCCUGGAAUCACCAGCCGGGGUCGGGUUCUCAUACUCAAACAGAUCCUCCGACUACAACACCGCUGGUGACAAGAGCACGGCUGAGGACUCGUACACUUUUCUAGUUAACUGGCUCGAGAGAUUCCCCCAAUACAAAGGUCGGGAUUUCUACAUAGCUGGGGAGAGCUAUGCCGGACAUUAUGCACCUCAGUUUGCUUACACAAUCCUCUCAUAUAAGAUGAACAAAAAUCACAGCAGCAUCAAUCUUAAGGGCGUUGCAGUAAGUUUAUCAGAAGAAUUCUUUUCCUCCUCCGAAGGUACUCUUCAAAACAUAAUUCUGCAGAUUGGGAAUCCAUGGGUAGAUGAUAGUCUCUGCACGGCAGGGAUGUAUGACUUCUUCUGGACGCAUGGAUUGGUCUCAGAUGAAACUAAUGCUGGAAUUCACAAAUACUGCGACUUCAAAACGGGAAAUAUUUCGAGUCAAUGCAGUGAAUACACGACUCUGGGGGAUUAUGAGAUGGGAAAUAUCGACAUUUACAACAUCUACGCCCCAGUGUGUACUACGGCAUCAUCGUCAAAACGUGCCACCGGUUCUGUCAACAAUUUGGACCCCUGCUCCGACAAUUAUGUCCAUGCGUACCUGAAUCAAACCCAGGUGCAAAAAGCACUCCAUGCAAAAGCUACGAAUUGGGAAGGUUGCAGUGGUGAUGUUGACGGUCGGGUUCCUAUAACAUCAUCCAAGUAUUCAAUAAAUGCCAUGAAACUCCCAGUCGAGCUAACCUGGCACCCGUGGUAUUCUAACUCUCAGGUUGGAGGGUAUUUCGUAGGGUACAAAGGAUUAUUAUUCAUCACGGUACGGGGAGCUGGGCACAUGGUACCAAGCAGUCAACCGCAGCGGGCACUAACACUGAUUUCGUCAUUUCUUCAAGGGAAGCCUCCUCCUGACUACACCACCUAA